AGAAUCAACAAAACAUCAGACACAGCAAUCCGCGACAAUAGGCAGGCUCUUCACUUUUAGACAGCACUAUCGUUCCUGCUGUCGUUCCGCCGCUGAUGUUCCGUAGUCGUUCCGCGACGACAGAAAGGAUCGUAAGGAUAUCGUGUCAGGAGUAGCGGCCGCUCCGGAGCUACCUCUUAUCUACGUGGAAGGCGGCACUCGGAAAAUUUGAGCUCUAUCCGCAGGGAACAUGGUCGACAUAAAACGGCACCGUUAUCCGUACUGCGUUGUGUGGACCUCUAUCCCUGGAUUGACGUGGCUUUUUCCGUUCCUGGGUCACGUCGGAAUAUGCCUCUCAAACGGGGUCAUCACAGAUUUCUCGGGACCCUACUCAGUGACGGCAAGUGAUCACAUGGGAUUCGGAAAUCCGCGCAAGUAUUGGCAGCUCGAUCCAGCAAGAGCCCACGGCGGUCAGGUCGGCUGGGAUGAGGGCGUCACCACGGCAGCGGAGAUAUACCGAGGGCGAAUGCACAAUCUUCUCUGUGACAACUGCCACUCCCACGUCGCCACGGCAUUGAAUCACUUCGCGUACGGAGGCAAAACCAAUUGGAACAUGCUCAGCGUUUGGAUUCAUCUGACCCUACAUUCUCGAUACAUAUCCUAUACGGAAGCGCUCCGCACGUACAUUCCUUUUGCUGUGAUCCUGAGCUUAGCAGUCAUCCUCUACGUUGCCAUGUAGGCGCAGGCUGAUUCGAUUUAGUGCCGAACAUACUCAUUUUUCUCUCGACGAUUCCAUGACGACCAUGUAGUUUUCUACUGUGCGGGCGAUUCCUCAGGGUCUACGCGAGAAGGAUAAUAUAUAUGUGA